CUGUCUAAAGUGCAUUUGAUUUAUGAACAGUACCUCAGCUGAGCACCGUUCAAAAACAAGCCAUUUUCUGUUCUUGUUUCAGAAUACGCCUGGACACAGUACGCGCCGGAGUAGCGGCUUGGAGGUGUGAAUUAAGACCUUAUAUGGAAUAAAACUUUUCAUACUUGUUUAAGAGAUUGGAAAAGUUAAAUAUGAAACUUCUUAUACUGAUUUUAGCUGUUUAUCAACACAGUACAGUUUAUUGUAAAUCGUGGUCGUACUUAGGCGAAACAGGUCCAGACAAUUGGAGCUCACUUUACCCAGAAUGCUCCAAGACAAAGCAGUCGCCGGUGGACAUCUUCCACGAGGAAGCACAACCGGACGAAGAGCUGUCAGAUUUCGAGUUCUAUGGAUAUGAUAACACCAAUAAUAUGGAAAAUCUUACAGUAUGGAAUGACGGAUAUACAGUGACCGUCCGUGUCCAUGGCGACCUGAAGAUCUCAGGCGGUGGUUUAGAAGGUCUAUACGAGCUUGCCCAAUUCCACUUCCAUUGGGGGCAUUCUGAUAGAGUAGGAUCUGAGCAUUUCCUCGAUGGCAAAUCAUACCCCCUUGAGAUGCAUUUAGUACACAAGACAGUCCGUCACGAAAAAAUUGCCAAUGCUUUGUCUGAUCCAAAAGGUCUUGCAGUUCUCGGAGUGUUUGCACAAGUUGGAAAACCACAUCCAUAUUUCCAAGCUAUUAUAGACAAUCUUAGGCUUUUGGAUAUCGGGGAUUAUGCCAAUGUUCGUCCAUUCCCGCUAAUGAAGUUGCUUCCUGAUGAUUAUGAAACAUAUUAUCGUUAUAACGGAAGUCUGACCACGCCCCCAUGCUCUGAAAGUGUCGUCUGGACCGUCUUCAGAGAGCCAAUAGAAAUCUCAGAAUUUCAGCUCCAGCAAUUGCGAGCACUGUCAUCUAUCUCCAACAUAACAGAUAAUUUUAGACCAGUCCAACGACUUAACGGCAGACGUGUCCAUGUCAGAAAAAAGCCCGUCGCUUCCGUAUCCGCCGACACAAGUGUUAAUGCUCAAGACUCUAAUACCGAUAAAAAUACCGCAGACUGGGAUCCAACCGGAACCAGUUCUGUCAAUAUGGCGUCCGCGUGUUUUGUGAUCGUAUUAAGCGCUGUCUCAAAAUAUUUGUUUGCUUGAUGAAUGAUGAAAUAAAUAAAUAAAUGAUCGGUUUAACAUAUACAAGAUAUUGACCACCAUUGGUCACGCACCAUGAGACCUAAAGUAGUCAUGUUUUUUUUUCAACAUUACGUCAUCAAUUGUAAACAAGUACAGACUUUUGUCAAAUCCCUCUUUUUGGUAUAUUCGUAGAUAAAUAGCUAGAAUAUUCUUUAGAAUAUUUGAAACUUUAAACAAAUACCACGACUUACAAGUGAUAGUAAAGGCUACUUACAAUUCAACCUACAUUUAUGUGCACAUUUUGUUGAAACUUAAAUCUGCAGCCUCGUUUUGAAGAUGCUGAUGUCACUGCAGAUACUUUUCACAUUUACAUAGACGCUCAAGUACAUUUGUUUCUAUAGAAAGAAGAAUACACGACGCAUUGAUUUCCAUAACAUGAAGAUAUUCCAUAAAACACGGGCGUAGCUGUUUUCAUUGAUGUGUGUCAUACAUUAGUAACCUGGAAAUAUCGUCUGCUUGUGAUUUACUUGCAUCAUCUUGGGGAGAUCCGUCUGCCCAUUUAUCAUGUGUGAAUGGAGAAUCCGCAGAAUACUUUCCUAAAAAGCAGUCACGUGGCAUCAACGUCAUUGUUUCGUCAUUCGUUUAUCGAAUGAUAAUGACUUGAAUUGAGAGAAUAACAAAGACUGCUGACUAUCAUUUUAAUUCAGUCACAUUAUUAAACUCAAUAUCAACCACAAUAUAGCAUUCCAUUUUCAUUAUUUUACAAUGUUCAUUAUGGAGGCUGAUUUGGUACACCGGCGUGUUGUCGGACUUUCGUCUUGUCGUCCUGUCGCUAAAGAUGCAAGCCAACGGUGCGUUGUCGUGCGGCAUGUUGUCGCGAUGUCACAUUGUCGCUCGACUCAACUCGAAGGAUUGGCGACAAGACGAAAAGGCGAUAACAAUAUAGGAACAAAAAUCAGCCACCAUAGUUCGUUGCUUUUAUUUUCUUCAAACUUAUUUGGAUAAGGAAAAAAAAACACGGGAAAUUAAUUGUUAAACUUUACUUUUACAGACUAGAACUUACAAUUAAGUUUCUAAUAAUACUGAAAAAUAAAUUUAUUUCAGACAUUUUAGACAUUUUUACAAUUAUGUAUUAAUACUGAUUAAAAACUUAUAUACAUGAAAGUUAACAAUUAAAACAAAAAUUUAAUAUUUUGGGGCAAAUUAUGAAUUUUGUAAUAUAUUUUUGCUUUAUUUAUUGUUGAACUUUUUUACGUAUGUACAUUGUUUGCUUUAACAAUUUACAUAAAGAAAUGUUUUUUUAAUUAACUGAUAUAUUUUGUCAAAAUAAAAAUGAAGAGUU